AUGUCGUCGCCUCCGAUAAAGAGUUACAUAAACUUCCUGUCCAAUACGAACGAUGACUGGAAAGCGGACGAAGAUGAGGAGGACAUGAUGGGAUACGAGGACGAUGAUGGCGAUGACUUCGGCCUGCCUAGCCUGUCUAACAUGAAGAGGCGAACGCGCAAGAUGGCCGCGCAAAGUAGGCCGGACCCAAAUGGGGGCCUCUCGCCAAUGACCGACUCGUUCGGUGGACUGGGGUUGCACACCAGGAGAUACUCGAAUAGCGCGGAUAUCGCUAUUGAAAGACCUGCACCAACCUAUCCGAUGCCGAAAAAGAGCGAAGGAAAGAUAUUGCGACCACAGUAUAAGGAGAUACUGAGGGGUGAGUGCGCCUACAUGAUGCAAUACUGGACCGUACUGAUCACGAUAGAUCCGGCAAAUGCUUUGCAUCUAAUCGAUCACCCCGCCAUACCCGCCAAUGCGACGCCGAAAGAGAUUGACGCCGCUAACUCCAGAAUAACUCGCAUAAACAAGUUCAAAAAGCUUCUUCAGGCUUCGACAAUCCCUCUACAGGAGCUUCGACAGCUCGCUUGGUCCGGCGUUCCCCAGGAGGUUCGCGCCAUGACGUGGCAACUCCUCUUAAGCUAUCUCCCAACAAAUAGCGAAAGGAGAGUUGCGACUCUAGAAAGGAAACGGAAAGAGUACCUUGACGGAGUGCGGCAGGCUUUCGAGCGCGGCGGCAGUAUCUCCGGAGCCAGCGGUAGCUCAAGCACUGCGCCACCAGGAAAAGCCAGAGGCUUGGAUGAGGCGAUCUGGCAUCAGAUCAGCAUCGACGUUCCAAGGACAAAUCCUCACAUUGAGCUUUAUUCAUAUGAGGCGACUCAGCGGUCCUUGGAGCGAAUCUUGUACCUUUGGGCUGUGCGACACCCAGCCAGUGGGUAUGUGCAGGGCAUCAACGACCUCGUGACGCCUUUCUGGCAAGUCUUCUUAAGCACCUACAUCGCCGACGCCGACAUAGAAUCUGGCAUGGAUCCUGGCCAGCUGCCGAAGCCGGUGCUAGAUGCUGUGGAGGCAGACUCGUUUUGGUGUUUGACAAAGCUUCUUGACGGCAUCCAGGACCACUACAUUGUGGCCCAACCUGGCAUCCAGAGACAAGUCGCUGCCCUCCGUGACCUCACGGCGCGGAUUGAUGCUGGGCUGGCGAAGCAUUUGGAAAAAGAGCAUGUGGAGUUCAUCCAGUUCAGCUUUCGGUGGAUGAACUGUCUUUUGAUGCGGGAGAUAAGUGUACGAAAUACAAUCAGGAUGUGGGAUACAUACUUGGCUGAGGAGCAAGGUUUCUCGGAGUUCCAUCUAUACGUUUGCGCGGCUUUCUUGGUCAAAUGGUCUGAUAAACUGGUAAAGAUGGAUUUCCAAGAAAUAAUGAUGUUUUUGCAAAGCCUGCCUACGAAGUCAUGGACGGAAAAGGAUAUUGAAUUGCUGUUGAGCGAGGCUUUCAUUUGGCAAAGUCUCUUCAAGGGGUCAUCGGCGCAUUUGAGAGGACAACCAAGCCGUACACCCUCAGCAAACAUGCAGUUGUAG